AUGAAGAACAUUGCAGCAAUUCUGCCAUUUACAGCCUUAGCUGCUGGUUCUGCUCUGCAGCCACGUGCUAGCAGCGUGACUCCCAUCACAGUCAAGGGCAAUGCCUUCUUCCAGGGGAACAAUCGAUUCUACAUUCGUGGAGUCGACUACCAGCCUGGCGGUUCCUCCGAUGUCGCGGAUCCUAUCGCAGAUACUAAUGGCUGCAAGAGAGACAUUGAGUACUUCAAACAACUGGGCCUAAACGCAAUUCGAGUCUACACAGUAGACAAUACAGCUGAUCAUGAUGAAUGCAUGAAUGCAUUGGCAGAUGCAGGAAUAUACCUCAUUUUGGAUGUCAAUACACCAAAAUACUCGAUCAACCGAGCAGAUCCCAAUCCAUCAUAUAAUGCCGUCUACCUACAGAGUGUUUUCGCAACUGUCGACAAGUUCCAAGGUUACAGCAAUACCCUUGCUUUCUUCUCUGGAAACGAGGUUAUCAACGACCCACCAUCUUCUGCAGCCGCACCCUACGUCAAAGCCGUCACCCGAGACAUUCGUCAGUAUAUCCGGAACAGAGGCUAUAGGACAAUUCCUGUCGGCUACUCGGCUGCUGAUGUCGCCGAGAAUAGACUUGAGAUGGCUGAAUAUAUGAACUGCGGUUCAGACGACGAGAGAUCCGACUUCUUCGCUUUCAAUGACUAUUCGUGGUGUGACCCAAGCAGCUUCACUGUCUCUGGCUGGGAUCAGAAGGUCAAGAAUUUUACUGGAUACGGCCUGCCGAUCUUUCUGUCUGAGUAUGGUUGCAACAUCAAUACCCGCAAGUUUGAAGAGGUCGCUUCUCUCUAUAGCACAGACAUGACAGCGGUCUACUCUGGCGGUCUUGUCUACGAGUAUUCUCAGGAACCUUCUAAUUACGGACUGGUAGAGAUUUCAGGUAGCUCCGUCUCCACUCGACCAGACUUUGACGCCCUGCAAACUGCUCUUAGUGGUACACAGAGUCCAAGCGGUGAUGGUGGCUACAACUCUACUGGUGGCGCUUCCGGUUGUCCUUCGUACUCGGAGCCAAACUGGCUUGUCAAAGACGAUAGUCUUCCGGCUAUACCCGAUGGUGCCAAAGCAUUUAUGACCAAAGGUGCAGGUACUGGGCCUGGUCUUGCUGGGACAGGUUCACAGAACGCUGGAGGCGCUUCAACUGGCACUGCCAGUGCUGGUAGUGGUCAGGCUUCCAAGACCGGAUCUUCUUCCUCCUCCACAGGCAGCAAUGCUGCUGGUGUGCUCAGAGCUUCAGAGAUCUCCUUGGCACCUCUUGUAUGUGCUGGAUUUGUUGUCCUCUCAAGCCUCUUUGGAGCUAGCCUGUUGUAG